CCAGAGAAAUUGCCAUCCCACAGCAAUAAGGACCCGCACCGAGCAGCAGAUAAACAAACAUGGGAACGUACCAAAACCCGCCGCCUUUGCUGCCUCCUUGAUGCUGCCACUUGCCCCUUCGAACCGCCGCCCUUUAAACCAUGUCGGGAUCGUUUAGCUGCCUAGCCCUGUUUGUCCUGUUUUGCUGCAAUGGGCUGAACGGUUCUACCGGGAGUAAGGCGACGGCAAAACCGACUGGCGUGGAGGCGCACAAUAAAACGGGGAGUCUGCACGCCCACCACCACCACCAGCAGCAGCAUCAGCGGCAGCGAUCGUUGCAGCUCCCGGGACAGGGUCCAGGGUCCUCAUUCACCUUGAAGGUGCAGUUAAACGAUGUGGUCACUCGCCAUUUCCUGGACAGGGCCAUCGUUGACGUCUUUGUUAACUUCACCAAAACCAACACGGCCCUCAGUGAGGAUGGUGGAGGAGUGGUUUUCAAAGUACCGUACACGCUGGGCCUCCCUCUGACUGUCACUGCACGUAAAGAGGGCUACCUGCUUGCAUCCUUGCCCUGGAAAACCAGAAGAGUGCCAGUUUUUGCAGCUGUAACGCUUUCGAUGAUUCCGCAGAGCCGAGCAAACCUCUGGUUAUUCGAAGAUGCCAUCUUAAUAACAGGAGGGAAAAUUGAUGACGGAAGAUAUCCCAGCGUCCAGUUCCCAAAGGGGUUACUGAAACUUCCGAAGAAUACACAUGUUUCUAAUCUAACAGCCUAUCUCACAGCUCCCCAGCCUCCCUGGCGUACAGACAACUUCAUCCAUACAAUGGGAACCUUAAUGAAUAAAUCAAGGCUGAAGAGCAUCGAGCUGACUCCACUGGCUGCCAUUAAUGUUGAGUUGUUUGCUGCUGGUAAAGCGGUGAAGGUGACUGGGUCUGUCCACAUCACAUUGCCCCUUGGACCGACUGACCUGGUGACACAUGCGGAUGCUCUUCCAGCUUGGACUCUUGACCUGAAAAUUGGUGCCUGGGUAAACCGAGGACUCGGAACAGUUAGGAAAGAGGGUGGCCAGCUUGUCUGGACCUACGUAGCCCCUCACUUGGGACAAUGGAUAGCAGCCCCGUUACCAUUAACAACAGGUACAAUCGGUCGCAUUGCAAAGGAUAUGAGCAACUACCAUUCCACACUUCUGGUGGCCAUCUUGGGAGGCACUGCUGUGAUUCUUGCUGGAUUUGUCGGUGUGCUUUUAUGUUAUUGCAGAGGACGCUACCAUCAUCCACAUAAAAAAUCACAGAUCAAGACCAAAAUGGAUACCUCGAAGAAAGACCAGACCACAUCGACCAACCAUGUGAACGUGGCUCCUGGCACCAAGGAAAGUUCGAAGCCUGAUGAGAAGCCAACUUUGCAACAGUCUCACGCCAUCUCCUACAGUCCUCGAAGGGAAAUGUCUCAUAAAGAAGCCAAGGAAUUCUGCAAACUUGUGAAUAAAACCGCAGAGAAACAAAACAAUGAGAGCUGUCAAAUUUACGUCGAAAAUUUCACGGUCCGAUCUCGGAAAAAGUGCAUGGAUAACCUCUAUCAACAGGCAACCAACAGCCCAGAGGAUGUCCCCAAGAACGCGUUGCAGAUUAAACAUAUGAAAAUGCUGGCCCGGAGAAGGGAGAUGAUUGACGGGCAAUACAAAAUGCAGCACGCUGUUAAUGAAGAAAUGUACCAAUUACCUAUAAUUUCGAAUAAAUUGUUGCCUAUUUAUAACCCGACUGUUGCUAUCAUGCAAGCCCAAGAUCAUUUUGGCACUGCAGACCAGGUUUCUCGGUCGGCUACCUUGCCCAGAAACAGGCAGAUGGUGUACAGCCCGUUAGCCGAGCCACUCACCAGGGACAGCUACACACAGACACUUCCUAAAAUGCCGCUGCACUCCCAACAGCAGUCUGAAUCCCAGAGACAACACGUUCUCCAGGGGCAGCAGGCGUUGGAUCCCAAGUCUGCCAACUGGGGAAGGUACAGCAACAACCUGCUGGAGUCCGUAUCUGUUCCUGGAACCUUGAAUGAGGCGGUGGGAGUGACCCCGUUUGCUGCAGAACUGCAGGGCAUCUCCGAGCAGACGCUGCUGGAGCUGACCAAAAGCAAGCCUUCUCCUCACCCCAGAGCCUGGUUCGUGUCUCUGGAGGGCAAGCCGAUCCCACCCAUCAGACAUUCGUGCGUGCUCGUUCCCAAACCCAAGAAGGCCCACAGCAACGACACCAGUCUCGACUCGGGAGUUGACAUGAACGAGCACCACACCGGCAGGAGGCUGGAAAAGGAUAAAACUUGCGCCAAAGGCGGGCCGGCCUCGAAGAGCCUUUACUCGGAAGAUCUGGAGCUGAGCGGGAGUGAGAGCGGCACGGCGGUCUGCACCCCAGAGGACCUCUCCUUCAGGCAAGUGCUGGACGGGGGCAGUGGCCACCUCGUGGAGGUUGAAGAGGAACAAAGUGACCAGAGUUUACAGGACGAGGAGAUCAGUGUGACCCCACCCCACAAACUGGGCCGCAUGAGUACUGAAGGUGAGGGGGACGAUAGUAAAAAAAGUGUUUGGCAGAAGAGAGAGGAACGACCUCUAAUCCCUCUAAACUAAGUCGAGUUGCUUUGCUUCCAGGUCUUCACGAUGGAACAAAAGCAUGUUUUUGGUUCUGUGGUUACGCAGGUUUUUAUGCACUCCAUUUUAUUGUUGAUUACAAUUCAUUGUGCUGAAUAAAGACACUUUGUAUGUGUAUCUUCUAGAUCUUUCAUUAACUGGAAUAUACUGUAAAUACACACAGUUAGCAAACACCAAGUUAAGAGAAUGUUGUGCCCUUUAAACUUUGGUCCCCGAACCUAUUCAUAAAUUGAUUUUAAAGUGGUCUGAUAAGCUUCCAGUAUGUUUUACAAUUAAACCUUUGGUGUUCUUUCCUUUUUCUAAGUAAUUUCCCCUGAUCUCUCACCUCUGCCACUGUGAAUCUUCAAUAAGAAAGAAAGCAGUUGAAUCUGCUGUUGAUCUUUGACACGAAUUGUUGCUGAGAAUGUGUUAAUUACUACUUUUUGACAGCAGGUUGCUCUGGUUAAGUAUGAUUUGUGCCUGUAAGGAUCAAUUUAUGUGGUGCCCACAAGGGAACUGAUCCAAGAAUUUAAUUAAAUUCAUACCAACAAGAACGUACUUGAUUUAAAACUGUAUUGAUAAACUCUCAUCCUCGGGCACUUGUCUCGACUUGUCUUCAUUUAGCCUUGAACAUGUGGCACGCCACUUCCUUUCGUUGUGUGUCCACUUUUAAAAUUUAAUUCCCAAAACUUGGUGCAAAAUACAGUUUCAAUCGACAGUUUUAAAAUGUUAAACCACAAGUAUGUUUUUUUUUUUUAAACUCUAAAUCCAAAAAUAUUCUGCAAAUUUGCGAAUGAUUGUGAUGCAUUGCAUGUGAGUAGAGGAGUAGGAUUUCACACGGCAAUAUUUAGAAAAUGCAGCAGAUGUUUGUUGCAUUCUGAGAGGCUCGGGGUUGUCUAUAAAUAGAUGCUAAGUUACCUAGUUCACAGUUACAUUUGAAAAAGGCUUAUUAGGGAGCACUUUUGUGAGACAUUAAAAUGUAGAAAGCAUAACGGAAGAUAAUAAAUUGUCUCUUUAUAACGAGUUCUAAAUCUAGUCGUGAAGGCUAUCUCAAUUUUUUUUUCCGUUAUAUGACAGAGGUGGGCAGAAACAUAGAAACAAGUUGGCUUUAGAGCUCUGCCAACCAGCGACAUCUAAACCGUAUACUUGCUCUUUCUCAUGUGAUGAUUCCCCAGCUAUUUUGUGGCAGCCAUCUUGUUUCACUCUGUUGCCAAUUUCCUGUUGAAUAUCUGCAAAGAUCCUGAGGAAUCAUUAGGCAUUUUUAAGCUGAUGAAAAGCAACAUGAUACUGUGAGAUUUGACAUGAUUCUUCUUGAGGUUUAUGUUUUUAUUCUGUCCUCGUUUGUCACAGUCCAGACAAUUUUCCCAACUGAAAUAUACUUUUUGUAAAUAGUUCAACUAAUUCUGCUUCGUCUCGGCAACUACGUGUUCUGAUGGUUAAAUUUGUUGUUCUUGGAGCAUAUCUUGAUGAACCGCUUGAGUUUUCACUUCAUCGAUGACGAGAUACAGGAACUAAAGCAAAAGCUUGUUUUGUGAGAUCAUUGGGAAAUAUUUUAUUGUAUUAUAUGUUUUCAGGAAAGUGUUUGCUUAUUCUGUGUGGUGUCAAGCAUGGUUGCAUGUUCAUACAUUUUAUUCGUUAUCCAAGCCGGUUUGCCAUAAGACAGUUGUAUUUUGUGUAAUAUUUCUAAAGAGUAGUUUAUUUCAUUCGGAAUUGUUCUAAUGCAUUGUUGAAAACCCAAUAAAACUGAACUAUGUUUUGUUUA